AUGCCUACCGACUACAAGUUCCAGGGUUGGCUGGGUCUUAAUAAAGAUUCGGCCAAGGGCCAAAUGGUUUGGCGAGACUACGAUCCAAAGCCCUUCGAGGAGACCGACGUCGACAUCAAGAUCAGCCAUUGUGGAAUCUGUGGUUCCGAUAUCCACACUCUUCGAAGUGGCUGGGCACCGACUUUAUACCCAACUGUCGUUGGCCAUGAAAUUGUUGGCACUGCCGUACGUGUUGGCUCCAAAGUCGAAGGUGGACUCAAGGUCGGAGACCGUGUUGGAGUAGGCGCGCAGAGUCUGUCGUGCUUGAAACCAGAUUGCGAGCAAUGCUCCAACGGCAUAGAAAACUACUGCCAGAAUCACCAGACGAUAACGUACAACAGCAAGUAUCCGGACGGCAGUAAAUCCUAUGGAGGCUACGGGGACUAUUGGCGAGGUCCGUCUCAUUUCGUGUUCAAGAUCCCUGAUGCAUUGCCCAGCGAUGUCGCCGCUCCGAUGCUAUGUGGAGGCGUCACUGCAUUUUCACCACUACUACAUCACAAGGCCGGCCCUGGAAAGCGAGUUGGUAUUAUAGGUAUCGGUGGACUCGGGCAUUUUGGUAUUAUGGGCGCCAAAGUCCUUGGGGUCGACAAGAUUGUCGCCAUUUCACGUACUUCGGCAAAGAAAGCAGAUGCGUUGAAGAUGGGAGCCGACGACUUCAUAGCCACAGAAGAGGACAAAGGCUGGAACAGAAAGCACAGGCAGUCGCUUGACAUCAUUAUCAGCACCGUCUCGAGUCCCAAAAUGCCUCUUCAACAAUACCUCUCGCUACUGCGCGUGGGUGGUGCCUUUGUACAGAUUGGCGCUCCAGAGGACAACCUGCCCUCUUUUAACGGUUUCGCUAUACUUGGGAAACGAUGCAGCAUCUCAGGGAGCAGCAUCGGUAGUCCAAAAGAGAUUCGUUACAUGUUGGACCUCUUCGCAGAGAAAGGUGUACACACUUGGGUAAACAGAGUCCCAAUGAAGGAUGCCAAUAGAGCAAUUGUGGAUAUGGAAGCCGGGAAUGCCAGGUAUCGCACCGUCCUCGUCAACGAGAACCAUGCGUCCCGCCUAUGA